GCAUCUCUUUGACCCUUUGAGCUCACUCGCGUUGCGAUAGACUCGUGCCUAACAGCAUGUCGACUUGGAACAAGCACUACCACUGGAAGACAAAGGGCUGCACGCCUUGGUCGAAGCAGUACUUCACCGACCGUCUCGUCGGCCAAUCAGUCACUGCAGGUGAUGGCAUCGAAGUUCGCAUCGACCGCCUUGAGACGUUCGAUGGCGAUGUCGAGCUGGGCAAUCGCAAGGGCAAGCUGAUCACGAUCUACGACGUCGACAUGCACCUUGCCUGGGUAGCCACCUCGUCUUCCUCCUCCGGCUCAUCCUCCUCAUCGUCGCCAACUACGAUCGCCAAGGGCAAGUUGCGCUUUCCCGAAGUCUCGCACGAGAUCGAGGACCAAGGCGACGACUACACCUGGGAGACGACACUCGACUCGGAGAGUGACGAGGGCGUAGAGGAGAAGCAGAGGCAGGUGGCAUACAAGGCCGUCAAGAAGGACCUGGCAGAGAAGCUGCUUCCUGCUUUCAAGGACUUCAGGGCUACGCUGGUUGACAAGCACGCGAGGGAUCUGGGCCACGAGGACCAGCAAUCUGGGCCAAACAGUGGGGCAUCGACGCCUGCUGCCGCGGCUGCUGCUGCUGCUGCUGCGCCAGCCGCCAAGGCCGAGCAGUCCAAGCCAAAGGCAGCUGCGGCCUCUUCUUCGGCGGUCUCCACCUCAACGGACGUCGUAGAGCUCUCAGCCGCGCAAGCCUGCUCACAAUCGGACCUCUGGGACCUCCUCACCAACCCAGCCCGCAUUCCGAUGUGGACUCGCUCCCCCGCGGACUUCUCGCUCACUCCUGGUGCCCCCUUUUCCCUCUUCGGCGGCAAUGUACGCGGCAAAGUGCUUAGCGUCAAUGAGCCGUCGAAGUUGGUUAUGGCAUGGCGUCCCCCUACCUGGGAGCCCAAGGACCACUUUGGUGAGCUGGAGCUGAGGCUGAGCGAGGGAGAGGGGAGCACGGAUCUGAAGAUCAGGCUGCAGGGUGUGCCUCAGGGUGAGGAGGAGAGCAGUAGGAAGGGACUGGAGGAGAUGUACAUGAAUGGGCUCAAGAGGUUGGGUUUGAGUGCGGUCAUCUAGGCGAGCAGGUCGUGCAAGGCGAAGCGAUAGCUCUUGGACACUCGUGCGCAACAAUAGAAGCGAUGGA